UGAGCCGGGAGCAUCUGGGUCCGCUCAGGUCUCCCCGGACUGGCUUCUGGGGGUGCCAUGACCCUGCCGGUGUUCUUCGGUUGCGCCUUCAUCGCCUUCGGGCCCGCGUUCGCUCUCUACCUCUUCACCAUCGCCACCGACCCUCUGCGCGUCAUCUUCCUCAUCGCCGGUGCUUUCUUCUGGUUAGUGUCUCUUCUGCUUUCAUCCGUCUUCUGGUUCCUAGUGAGAGUCAUUACUGACAACAGAGAUGGACCAGUACAGAAUUACCUGCUCAUCUUCGGAGUGUUGCUCUCUGUCUGUAUCCAAGAGCUUUUCAGGCUCGCAUAUUAUAGGCUGUUAAAAAAAGCCAAUGAGGGUUUGAAAAGCAUAAACCCUGAGGAGACAGCGCCCUCCAUGCGACUGUUGGCCUAUGUUUCUGGCUUGGGCUUUGGAAUCAUGAGUGGAGUGUUUUCCUUUGUGAACAUCCUGUCUAACUCCUUGGGGCCAGGCACAGUGGGCAUUCACGGCGAUUCUCCUCAGUUCUUCCUUAACUCAGCCUUCAUGACGCUGGUUAUCACCAUGCUGCAUGUGUUCUGGGGCAUUGUGUUUUUUGAUGGCUGUGAGAAGAAUAAGUGGUACAUCCUCCUCACAGUUCUCCUGACACAUCUGGUGGUGUCCACUCAGACCUUCCUAAGUCCGCAUUAUGAGGUGACUCUGGUGGCAGCGUAUAUAAUCAUGGUACCCAUGGGCGUUUGGGCAUUUUAUGUUGCUGGAGGCAGCUGCCGAACCUUGAAAUUCUGCCUGCUCUGUCAAGACAAGGACUUUCUUCUUUACAACCAGCGAUCCAGAUAACCUCUGACAGUCAGCACCUGCAAACAGCAGCCUAUGUUUUCAGACGAAGCACAAGUGGGCCCUGUUCUGAAAAGACCCCUUUCUCUUGGAACUUGGAAGCAGCAGAGCUGUCUAGCCUGGAACUGUCCUGUGCUUCCCUGCUCAGCCUCUGGAAGAGCUGCAGUGUGGCCUGCAGCCUGGCUGCACAUUUGAGGCAUCUGGGGAAACAACCACUGAUGCUUCUGGGCUUCCCCUCCAGACUUGAUUAUCCUGGAUGUGUGGUACAGCGGAGAGUCACUGGGGUCCAAUGGGAAGUCCCGGGGAACACCCAGAGGUUGUUCAGUAUUGGGCUCCUAAGCCAACUUCAGCUGAGCAAUAAAUAUCUGAAUGUGGUAAUCUGGG